UUGAACCGACCUACAUGUGGUUAAAUGUGGAUUCUGAUUGAGCGCACAAUUCGCAGUGUCUUGACCCGGGCCUGGAUGAAACGAUAUCCGUCACGAUCGUCUAGCCUGGCUGAAAACUAUAACGAGUUCGACCGCACUCGAACCAUAAUUAACGUUCUCCGGAGCAGAGUGCCCCUCUUUGUCAAUUAUUUGAGGCAAGUUAUUGCGACACCGAGAAAGUUACACGGUGUCUCUUAGAAUAGUUUCUUCUCUCUUUCCAUCCAUCCCAAUUCUUACAAGGCGUGGUGCGCAACGAGUCCGACAACAAGACGUAUCGAGGAACACAAUGCAGAGGUGACUGAGACCAGGGUUACACCAUCGAGCGAACAUCGAUUUCGUACGCACACGUGUAGUUACUCUUACGGCUCCAACCCGAUGACGAUGAUGAGGACUAAAACCGCACGCCAAGAGGCCGGCAACCCGGGGAACAAAAUGGGCCCGAAAUCGGGCCACGAUGACGCAACGGGCAAUCGGCAAACGAGCCGCGUACGCAGUGAGUCAGCUGGUGUGAAUCGAUCUCUACACAAGGUGCGGAUCCGCCAAGUUGCUGUGGUGGUAGGCACUGUAACACCUCCUGCAUCAGAGGUACGGCAGAAGCGGGAUCAUUGUUAUUGGGGAAGAUUGCAUAACACCAACGGUAUACAAGGAACCUCGAGUUGCGCAGAGGGCAACGACACCCGCCAUCUUGUGAAAGCUUACUCGACCUCCCGAUCACCACGUGUUUCACCCGACGAGGAGGACGUGUGCGGGGGCCUCGUGAGCGUCGAGGUAUCCUGUUAUCCUGGUACCCUGGUCACGACCGCAGACUUUCAAGGGUGGCAAUCGAAGAAUGACCGGGCAGAAUUUAACUGAAACUGACUGCGAGGUCUGUGGGCCGUUUAUUCAUCUCCUAUUGUGAAUGUGCUCGUCUUUGGACCGUUUAUUCUUGUCCUAUUGAGAAUGUCUGUUACGCGCGCGGUACGAGCAGCGAAUUAUACGGUCACGU